CGGAAGUGAGCCAAAGGAACCGUAUCCUCUGACACCCACCCGUGGAGCGGUGGUGGGGUUCUGUUAGCCGCUUUUGCCGAGGGCCUUCGUUUUGUUGCCUGGGCGCUGUUGUAGCAGCAGGAGGGGGAUGCCCGGAGUCCCGGGGUCGCCCUCAUGUCGCAGGUGUCGGGCUUACCCGCUGCCUCGGCGGCCGGUGGGAAGGAAAAGAAGGCUUCCCUGGGGAAGAAGCUGUUCUGGCGGCGGGGAGGGUUCGUGAGCCGUUUCCUGAGGACGUUGAGUACCUUGUCCCACCUCAGCAACGAGCAGGAUAAUGAGGCGCCGCGGGAGAAGUCCAGCUCCCCAGUCCAGACUCUCCCUGCUGCCAAGGAACCGGAGGGCACCUCCUGCGUGCAGUUGCCGCCUGCCAGCCCCCGGGUCCCUGGCCUGUCCGGCCUGAAGAAUCAUGGCAACACCUGCUUCAUGAAUGCCGUGCUGCAGUGUCUCAGCAACACCGACCUUUUCGCUGAGUACUUGGGAUUGGAACAGUAUAAAGAGAGCGAGGCCUCGGAAAGCAGCCCCAGCACUAAUCAGAACAGCAGCCCUUUACCCAGCCCCGGGGCCCAGGACCGAGGAGAGGUCACCGAGCAGCUGGCCAAAUUGCUGCGAUCUCUGUGGACCUUGGAGUACACCCCUCACCACAGCAGGGAGUUCAAGACAAUUGUAGCGAGAAAUGCACUUCAAUAUCGAGGCACCUCUCAGCAUGAUGCUCAAGAAUUCCUCCUUUGGCUACUAGACCGGGUGCACGAGGACCUGAACCUUGUUGUGAAGCACAAGCCUCGGCCACCCAUUGAAGAAGACCUGGCGGGAGAGGGCCCCCCCUUCCCAACCAGCGGGACCUUUGUUCAGGAACUUUUUCAAGCUCAGUACAGGUCCUCCCUGACGUGUCCUCACUGUCAGAAACAGAGUAACACCUUUGACCCUUUCUUGUGCAUCUCUUUGCCCAUCCCUUUGCCUCAUACACGACCUUUGUAUGUGACUGUGGUGUACCAAGGAAAAUGCUCACACUGUAUGCGCAUUGGUGUCGCUGUACCUCUGUCUGGGACUGUGGUGAGGCUGAGGGAAGCUAUAUCAAUGGAGACAAAGAUUCCCACCGACCAGAUAGUUAUCACUGAAAUGUAUUUUGAUGGGUUCCACCGCUCCUUCUCUGACACAGAUGAUCUGGAUACCGUCCACGAAAGUGACUGCAUAUUCGCAUUUGAGACUCCAGAAAUCUUCCCAUCUGAAGGAAUUUUAAGCCAGAGAGGAAUAUGUGUCAACAACAACCAGAACUAUAUUAGGAAUGGGACAGACCCGCAUAGAUCUCCAAUCUACUCAUCGAGUCCUGUGCGGCUUCCCGUGAACAGAUCACCCGCUGGUGAUAAGAUCAUACUGCUCGUGUGUAACCGAGCUUACAGUGGACAGCAUGGCAAAAGGUUUGGACAGCCGUUCGUUCUGUAUCUAGACCGGAAGAUCACAUGGGACGUACUACAGAAGGAAAUCUUGGAAAAAAUGCAGUAUUUCUUGCGUCCUUCGGUGUGCGUUCAGGUCUGCCCGUUCAGCUUACGUGUAGUUACCGCUGUUGGGAUAACGUACCUCUUGCCUCAGGAAGAAAAGCCUCUCUGUCACCCCACAGUGGAAAGGGCAAUGAAGUCCUGUGGUCCUGGUGGGGCAGCUCAUGUGAAGAUGGUGGUGGAGUGGGACAGAGAGACCAAGGAAUACCUUUUUGGUAACACAGAGGAUGAAUAUGUUCCGGAUUCCGAGAGUGUACGUCUCCAGCGGGAGGUGCAUCAACAACCACAGUGCUGUAGCCUCUCUCAGUGCUUUCAGCUUUAUACCAAAGAGGAGCAGCUGGCUCCUGGCAAUGCCUGGCGCUGCCCUCACUGCAAACAGCUUCAACAAGGCAGCAUUAAACUGAGCCUGUGGACCCUGCCUGACGUGCUUAUUCUACACCUGAAGAGAUUUCGACAAGACGGAGACCGGAGGGUGAAAUUACAGAACAUGGUCCGCUUCCCGCUCAUGGGGCUCGACAUGACGCCUCAUGUGGUGAAACGCAGUCAGAGCUCCUGGAGCCUUCCAUCGCAUUGGUCGCCUUGGAGACGCCCGUAUGGCCUCGGCCGUGACCCUGAAGAUUUCGUAUAUGACCUUUACGCCGUAUGCAAUCACCACGGGACCAUGCAGGGAGGUCACUAUACAGCCUACUGCAAGAACUCUGUUGAUGGCAUGUGGUACUGCUUUGAUGACAGCGAUGUGCAGCCAUUGCCGGAGGACGACGUCUGCAAACCGACUGCUUAUAUUCUCUUCUACCAGCGCAGGGCGGCUGUCCCGUCUUGGUCGGCAAACAGUUCUGUGGCAGGUUCCACAAGCUCAUCUUUGUGUGAUCACUGGAUUUCCCGUCUCCCUGGAAGUCGCCAGCCCAGUAUUGCAUCUGCUGCCUCAUCCCGACGCACUUCGCUGGCAUCAUUAGCUGAGUCUGUGGAGCUUACAGGGGAGAGGAGUGAGGAUGAUGGUGGCUUUUCCUCUCGCCCCUUUGUUCGUAGUGUCCAGCGUCAAAGCACGUCUGGCCGAUCUUCAGUUACAAGCCCUCUCGUGGCCAGUGAAAAUGGCUUCCGUCAGUCCUGGUCCUUAGCAGCAAAACUCCACCUGCGGUCAGUCACCUCCUGUCGUCAUCCCUCUGACUCGCCAAUCCAUGGCUCAUCCCUCAGCAAGAUCGGGGAAGCGGAUGACCGAGUGACCACUUCUUGUUUUGGGAGCCUUCGCAAUCUGUCGGGAAGCUUCCAAGAGCACAUGGAAGGUGUAAAGCGUGAACAUCGAACAUCAUGUCGGGCCCCGCUAGCAGUAGCGGAGGGUGGAACUCAGGGAGAACCACUGGCCAAAAAAUCAGUUCCCAGCGAAUCAUUUGGGAAGAGUGCUGCAGAACUUGUGAGCAGGAACCCACUGCUGGAUCCGCUAGAUAACAACAACCAUAUUGCCUUUGUGGACCAGAGUGAUUCCGUAAACUCCUCGCCAGUGAGGGAGAAUAACCCUCAGAGUGAAGAAAUACUUGGUAAGAAGCCUGUAGCCAGUAAAACAAAAACCGAGCAGGAGAAAGCACCACGGGCAUCAGAAAAGGAAUCUUCUGCUUCUGGCGCUCCUGGGAAGCAUAGUUCAAAAAGCAAAAAGACUGAAAUUAAAACUCCUGUACGUCGGGCAUCCACACAGCUUAGAAAAGAGACUGCGAAAACGCCGGAUACCCCCUCUCCAGCCUCUCAGCAGAGGCAAAAAUCAAGUUCUGCAGUCAGCAACACCUCGUCCCCGGCACCCAAAAAACCUACCCAGUGUUCUAGAUCUUCAUCGGUGUCCACCACUUCGAGCAAACACAGGGCCCCUGAAAAAAGCCUAAGCCGGGAAGGCUCUAAGGUCAGCAUAGGUUCAGACAAAGCCACUGGGUCAAAAGCCAGUUGCACAGCCCGUGUGCCACCAUCCAGGUCAAGCGAAAGUUCAACAGAUGGUCGGACAGUGCGAAGCUCCUCCAUGGCCAGUCUAAGAGCUCCUCCGAGUGCAGUGAAAACUAGCCUGAAACGGGACAGUAAGUCUGAGGACAAAGGGCUUAGCUUCUUUAAAUCUGCCCUGAGGCAGAAGGAGAACCGGCGCUCUGCAGAUUUGGGGAAGACCAGCCUGUUGUCUAAGAAACCUUCCGGAACAAAAAUCUCAGGCCAGGGGAAGCCAGAGACUACAGCUCCUCCUUCACAGGCCACGGAGGUGGCUCCAAGCCCUAAAAAACAUUCCGCCUUACCCGCACAAAAAACUAAGUCUUCCUUAGACGAACGCCAAGCCCAGCCAUCUCCCUCUGGGAAAAAGACCUCUGAGAAAUACCUUAAGCGGUUCCCUUCCACAUCCAAGCCAUCUCCUAAAGCUCAGUGACCAAGAGUGCAGGGGCAGCUACCUCAUGCUGCCUGCAUGGCCGUUAAUGCAAGACAGCUGUCCCUGCUUACAGCGGUUGUCUAGAUGUACACUACUUCUGAUGAGGUCUUCUGUGGUUUUUUUUUAAAUAUGUUCUUAGGGUCGAGGGAUAUCCUCGCUCUGUCUCAUUAACGCUUGGAGCACCAACGUUGACUCUCUUGUCAUGUAAACGAUCCCGAGAACUGCUCUGCUGGUUUGCUGGGCAGGUCACACCAGCAGAUAAACUUUCUCUUACGGCCAGCCCCGCUGAAACUCUCUUGCUUGCGCUAACUUUUAAGGGAGAAGACCGAACUAUUUUUCCCCCCUCUGGAAUGCUGCUUUUAUCCUCACUAUCUUCCUUACCAAAGCCCCAGUUAUGUGUCUAGACAAAUGAGAGUUGUGUUGCUGCUUUCUUAGUGCUAACUGGAAGGGAAGAAAACUGAUACUACUUUUAACAUGUAAGUGGAAAGGAUCACUGUCGUUGCUUUACAUAAGGUUGGAAUAAUGUCUCGGUACAUCUCCAUCAUUCCUUCAUUAGUGACAUCUGCCAUGUUGCAUCCUGUCCAUCGUGAGAUGUUCUGCUGAGAGCCUUGAAGAUGCUUCCUAGUGUCAUUCCCAUUCACGCAUCAUUAGUAGGCUUAUAAAGCAGCAUGCUA